UCGGAGCAAAGACGGCCGUGGGCCCGUGAUCUGACGACGACAUCGUUCAUUGGAACAACGCUGGUAGACGCACUAGAGCUCUACGGAUCUCACAAUCAGAAGGCUAGACGGGAACUCAUGUCCUAUUCACCUCACUUUGCGUCUAUGACCUCCCAGAGUCGGUGAACAUGCCUUUUGGCUAUCCCCGCUACGACCGACCUACCCCUCCACGAAUCGUGUCUCAGCUUGUUGAUACCGGAGGAGCUCUACGAAUACCGCUGCCAUGUUUGAGAAAUCGCUGUACGACCUCAUUCGAGGCCUGCGGAACCACAAGGGCAACGAGCGGGAAUAUAUACAGGAGAGCAUUAAGGAAUGCAGGAAAGAGAUCCGGAGUAAUGAUAUGGAUCUCAAAUCCACCGCUCUCAUGAAGCUCACCUACCUCGAAAUGUUCGGACAUGACAUGUCCUGGGCCUCGUUCAACGUUCUGGAGGUCAUGUCGUCUCAGAAGUACCGACACAAGCGGACUGGGUAUUUGGCCGCGGUUCAGAGCUUUCGGAGGGACACUGAGGUGUUAAUGCUUGCGGAGAAUCAGUUGAAGAAGGACAUUUCAUCGUCAACACCCACGGUCAUAUCAUUGCCUCUAAUCGCUAUUCCGCAUGUCAUCAACCCUUCAAUGGCGAACUCGGUCUUGUCGGACCUUAUUCCACGCCUAACACACUCUCAAGCAUCAAUACGGAAGAAAACCAUCGUGACGCUCUAUCGACUGGCACUAGUCUACCCAGAAACUUUACGGCCUGCCUGGCCGAAGAUCAAGGAGCGGUUACUGGACGACAACGAAGAUCCCAGCGUCACUGCGGCCAUAGUGAACGUAGUCUGUGAGCUAGGAUGGCGGAGACCGCAAGACUUUCUGCCUCUGGCUCCCAGGCUUUUCGAUUUGCUUGUGGAAGGAGGCAAUAAUUGGAUGGCGAUCAAGAUUAUCAAACUCUUCGCAACUUUGACUCCCCUGGAACCUCGGCUCAUAAAGAAACUCCUCCCUCCACUGACCAAGAUCAUAAAAGAGACAGCGGCUAUGAGCCUCUUGUACGAGUGUAUAAAUGGCAUAAUACAAGGUGGGAUACUUGAAGCUGUCGAAGGAACAGCGGAAGGGGAAGACGUUGCUCAUCUGUGCGUGAGCAAAUUACGCGGGAUGAUGGUGAUAGAAGGCGACGCAAAUUUAAAAUACGUUGCAUUACUUGCGUUCGACAAGAUCGUACGGUCCCAUCCACACAUUGUCGCGGUACACCAGGAUGUAAUUCUGGAAUGCAUCGACGACCCCGAUAUUUCCAUCCGAACAGGUGCUCUCAAUCUCGUCGUGGGAAUGGUCAAUAGCGACAAUCUCACAGCAAUCGUUGGGCGGCUUAUGCGACAGCUACGAAACUCACCAAUAGCCUCUGCGACAGAGGUUCCAGUAAACGACAGAACACGUGAGACGGGCGUCGUCCCAAUAGCAGACUCUGACGAUUCGGAUGCGGAAGAGUCACUCCGAGUUGAGAAGAAAUCAAAUCAAGCACCGCCAUUGCCUGCGGAUUAUCGAAUUAGUGUCAUACAGAAAAUCAUAGAGAUGUGCUCGAGGGACACAUACACCAACGUCAGCGACUUCGACUGGUAUAUCGAUGUCUUGGUCCAACUUGUCAGAGUCUGUCCCGCGACCAAGACCAGCGCUAAUCUGGACGGCACUGAGGACGCCGAUUUCUCAACAUCUGGCAACCACGGGGACAUCUCGUAUGAGAUCGGCCAAGAGCUUCGGAAUGUGGCGGUAAGAGUCAGGAUCAUACGGCCAGAAGCGUUAGAAGCAGCGCAAUCGCUUGUGCUUGUUGAAAAACGAGACCAGAUGUUCCCUGCUACCGGGAAUGGCGGCCAAGGAGUACUGGAGUUUGCAGGUUGGAUGGUAGGAGAGUAUGCAGACUUGCUCACGAGACCAGACGGUGUCAUGACUUCGCUACUUCAUACGUCGGCCUCACACCUCCCUUCUAGAACGCUUGCGGUUUAUCUCCAAGCUAUUCCGAAGGUUUUCGCAAGCAUCGCUGGGAGCGACCAAAUAUCUUGGACACCACAGCGGAGAACCCUUUUGACGCUACUAAUGGCGAGGAUUGUUCACUUUCUUGAGCCGCUGGCUAUGCAUCCCAGUCUCGAAGUCCAAGAGCGGGCAGUCGAGUAUCUGGAGCUCAUGCGGCUUGCCUCCGAAGCUGCCUCCGGCACGGAAACCGGAAAUGACGCUGGAGAUUUUGUAGAUCCACCACUACUUCUCACCCAAGCGAUACCAGCACUUUUCACAGGGCUUGAAAUUAAUCCUGUUGCUCCUGGAGCACAACGGAAGGUUCCAUUUCCGGAUGACCUAGACCUCGAUACCCCCAUCAACGCGAAUCUUCAACAAAUCCUUCAGCAAGCAGAGUUAGAAACAGUCUCUGAUGCCGACGAGGACGACGUAUACAAAGCCUACAAUGAGCGCAUCGGCACCCAUCCCGAACCCCCUAUCUCUGUCUCUGCCGCCGACCGCCUUGACGCCACGAAAUCCGAACAACCUUCAUCCUAUCAAAACGCCACCGAGGACGAAUACCUGGACCCCGAUAUUCUCGCCCGCCGAAAAGCUGAACGGCGCGAACGUUACAAAGACGACCCGUUCUACAUCGACCCUGACCGCGACCGCGACUCAGGUGUCUCCACUCCACUCCACAACAUCCUCAAAAACAGCAAUGGCGAAGAGCUCGACAUUGAUUCGAUCCCGAUUAUGGAUCUCGACCUCGAAAAGCAAGAGCGCGGUCGGGAACGGGAUGAGGCGGCUCGCCAACCCAAACGCAAGCCCCGCCGCAACGUUGAAAUCAUCGUCGAUGAGACCCUUGGCCCAGAUGAAGCCACCUCCUCUCGUGAUGGCUCUCGCCCCGACCUUGUGCGUUCUGCCCAAGCGAAGGGCAAGAAGAGUCUACUUGAGGUUGAUAGCUCGGGUCUAGGCUCGCUAAGCUUGGAAGAUGAUGGGACUGGAACAAGUAAGCUAGAUAUCGAGAGGAGGGAACAAGAGGAGGCGGAGAUGGCGAAGGCGUUAAAAGAGGUGGAGAGGUUGAGGCUGGAGAUGCAGAGGGCGGCGGAGAGGAUCCAGGCACGGGAUGCGCCUCCAGACGGGACGCUAGUGAAGAGGAAGAAGAAAAAAGCCAGGAAGGCGGUUAUGGAGGCGCCAGAGGAGACAGCAGAGGGUGAGGCGGGUAGCAUACCCGAGGGUGACCAUGAAGAGGGGCUAGCUGUGAAGAAGAAAAAGAAGAAGAAAGCAAAGCUCGAAGAACACGCAGUCGGCGACGUGCCAGGGGACGGCGCAGACGGUGUCCUCAAGCUAAAAAAGCGAAAGAAGAAGAGGCAAGUGCUUCUUGAAGAGCCUGCCGCGGAGACCGGGAGUUGAGACAUCGUUUAGCGGUCCUUUGGAUGCAUGCGGAGGCGUUGGUGUGGAUGACAGGGGCGGUUUAAGUGCAUUGGGAUGGCAUAUAUGCAAACAUGACACGAAAACUUUCGUAUCACGUACCGUUCAGAUAACUUUUCCCUAUGAAGAUCUCUUCAUGCACAAUAUUGCAGAGAAUCUCAUUUUGUACUUUCCGAGUUGGGCAAGACUUAAGAUUGGUAUAUGCUUCGCGAAUGUAGGAAUUCAAAACCGCAUCUCUACCCAGAGAAUC